AUGCUACCCAUUCUUAGUCGUAUAACGGCACGACGCUUUGCUAUGCGAGCGCAUUCAAAGGUUAAAAUACCAACUCCGAUGCAAGUACGAGUACAACCAUUGGGAUAUUCAUCGAACCGUUUCCUACGGAAUUAUUCUACCGAGAAACACGAUAUGGAAGAAUUUAAUAAGAGUACUGAUUACUUGCACAUACAGAACAUUUUGUUACAGAAGGAGAAAGAACUUCUUACCAAGCAUACUAUGUUGAAGGAAGCUACUGGAUUUUACGAUAGGUUUAAAAUUAACACGAAGUGGUUCUUGAUCAGAGGCAAUAGACCUUUCAGCUUUGAUGAAAUUUCAACUAUAUUUUCAUGGCUAAUUAUAUCACAAAUUAUAUGGAUCGUUUUAGGGACAACGACAUUUGUUUCUCUUGUGUUGUUUACGUUUAAUACGGUCUUCGCUAAGGAAAUUGUGGGUAAGAUGGUUGGUAAAACUUUGAAUAAGUAUAUUGAUGGAUGUGAUGUGGAAUUUCAGGAUGCCUUAGUACCUGAAUGGAAAAAAGGCUGCAUCAGUUUCCGUAGUGUGAAUGUUAGAACGACACCCGAUGGAGUAUCUGAUGCAUCUGGUGAACAUCUAGCAUUUGAUUUAACAUUCAAUCAAAUGGACAUAACUUUGUCUGUAACCAAAUGGCUAACGGGCCAUGGUCUCAUAAAUGAGUUGACUGUCUUGGGGAUGCACGGUGACGUGGUUUUAAAUGAAAUGAAUGAACAGAGAUUACAGGAUUGGUUCACUAAUCCAAAAUACCACUUAGGAAGAGUUAAGGUUUGUGAUAGUUGUAUUAAUUUGAGAGACGGUGGACAAGAUUAUCGCAUUUCUAUCUACAAUAUGGAUCUAAAUCGUCUCCGGCUUGAAUGGUGUGUGGCAGAUUUCUUCAAUGCUAAUGUCGUCACUGGUGCCAUCAACCACUCCUUGUUUACCAUACACAAAAGACAACAUAAACUGGCUUAUUUACAAGACUUAGAGAAAGAUCUCAGUCCCUGGAAGAGAAUAACUCGUUUGCGCUUGGAUAGAAUCUCAGUGAAGGAUUUGGGUUUAGAUAAAUCGAAAGCGUUUAACUGGAUAGAAGAUGGUUCUGUAGAAGUCAUAGCUGAUCUAAUGUUACCGAACGUCAAUGAUAUCGAAGAGAUGGAUGAUGAAAACAGUAACAAAUAUUUGGUGAUGGAUUUGAAAUUCAAACUUAAGGACUUGAAGGCUAAACUACCAGAUACAGAACCAACAUUGUCCAACGGAGAAACCGUCAUUUCAUUUGAUGAAUUGAAGCCAAUAGUGGAUUAUAUUAAUAACCAAAGAGUGAUAUUUGGAUCUGUUUCAACAGCGGAAAAUGUUGAUCCAGAUUGGAAUAAUAUUGCUCCUAUCUCAAUUAAAAGACAAAAAUCUUAUCCAGAUACUACCGUUAUCCCCACCACAAUUAACUGGCCCGAUGGAGAAGAUUCUGUUCAAGUUAACAAAGAAAUCAUAAAGUACCAUGACCAACCUACAAAUAAAUCAAAUGAAUUAGUGUUAAAAUGUAGAAUCGUGAAGAACAUUAACGAACUCCACAAUGUUGCAUUAUUUAGAGAAAGCGGAGUUUAUGAUGUUUUGGCCAUGGAGCUUUGUGUUGAUUUAAUGAAAAUAGUGGAAGAAUGGGAGUUUAAGAAGAGAAAUAACUGGAUGAAGCUAUGGGGCUCGACCUUAGCUUCCCAGCUGGUUGUUUUCGGGCUUGGGGCUAUGGUAUAG